ACAAGCGCUAUGUAAAAGUGGAAUCACCCAUUCACCAAGAGAUUGCAUGAAAAGUGUUUGGGCUUUUAAGGCCAUAACAAAGAAAUCGAACUCACUUCAUACAAAGAAAACAGAAAGGAGAUUUUUGAACGUUUCUAAUAUUUUAUCAUUCUUCUUCACUGGUUAGGUGUUAAAUUGUUUUGGGACAUCAUAUUUAGGGAAUAUUUUUGUGUGUGCUUUGUUUUUUUCUCCAAUUCAUCAUUGAAUUCUCGUUUGUGAAACUGAAAAUACAUUAUUGUUUUAGUUUCCGGUUUGCAGCGAAUAUUCGACUAAUUCAUGAGUUUCAUUGUUGACGAAUUAAUUUCUUAAGUCUGUAUAAACCGAUGAAGGAGGAGGGUCCAUUUUCUAGUUUUCUUAAUUCUGCAGUAACGCGGUUGAGCGGCGUGGUUAAUGAAGCUGUACAACCAAAGCAUAACAUUCGUAUGGGAAAUGCAGGAGCAGGUAAUAAUACAUAUCGUCGGGCGUUUUCGGAAGCUGAUUCAAAACCGGAUCAAAAUGAGCGUGCCAGGUUUUACAGUGGAAAGACAAGAAGCACUAAAACCAAAGAUGAGGCUCCGUUUGGGGAAGGUGAAUUAAAGCUGGAAAAUUUUGAAAGGGAUGAUGCCAGGAGCGAAAAGUCAGAAUUCGGUCAAGCAGAUGCAAACGAUACUGAAGAUGUAGAUGCUGAACGUGAGACGGAAGCUGUUGACACUUCAUCUUCUCCAAGAAACAGGGAUACAAAUGUGCAAACCAAUACUUCUAAUCUGCCACCUUUGGAGCAUACAGCAACACAAGGCUCAGCGAUUACUUCUGCAUCUCGAAAAGUAUCUAUAGCUUCCACUGCGGGAGGAGAUCCUGGCGGCUUAUCUGGUCAUGCUUUUGCUAGCAAUAAACGAAAUCACGAUUUUCAUGUCAUAUUUAAAACCCUUCCUUCUGACGAUCAUCUUAUCGACGACUAUGGGUGUGCUCUCCAAAGAGACAUUUUCCUACAUGGAAGGUUGUAUCUCUCAGAACAACAUAUAUGUUUUAAUUCUAGUAUAUUUGGUUGGGUCACGAGUAUCAUUAUUCCCGUUACAGAAAUUGUUUCUGUUGAAAAAAAGUCCACCGCGGUCGUUUUCCCUAAUGCCAUACAAAUAACUACUCUUCAUGCUCGUUAUGUGUUUGCUUCAUUUAUUUCUCGUGAUACUACUUUUCAAUUGAUUAUUACUAUCUGGAAAAAUAUUCAUCCCUUCUUAAAUAUGGCUGCUAAUGGAUAUAAUGUAUCCGACGCUACUCGAAAGCACCUUGGGCAUGGUUAUAGCCGGUCCGAUGGUGAAUUUUCCAACAGCUCAGAUGACGACGAUGAUCAAUACGACGAUUCCGAUGGCAUAGCCGAGGAGAAUGAAGACGUUUCAGACGACGACGAUAUAAAUUCAUCACAAAGUUCUGAAGAAGUCGUACAAGAGCCCAACGUUUCGAAAGUUGAAGAUGGUUCUGAUGAGAAUUUAGUAAAAAAAAAUAGUAAUGAGGUUUCCGAUGAUAACUUCCAGUUCGUCACUCAAGUUACUUCUCAUCCACCAACCUCAGGAAGUGGUGAGCCUCUUGCCCAUGUUCUUUGCUCGAAAGAAACUAUCCCACUUCCGCUCUCUACUUUUUUCCUGUUGCUUUGGGGAUCUGAUACUACUUGGCUAACCAAUUUUUUCAAGGAUGAAAAGCUUUCUGAUAUUAAAUUUGGUAAAUGGAUGAAGCAGGAUGAUAAAUGGACACGAAAGGUGCAGUACAUAAAGCCGGUAGCUCCCCCGUACAGACAAACAACUUGCUACAUUACGGAUGUUAUCGAACAUCUUGAUAUCAAUGAUUAUAUCCACGUAAUAUCUAUAGCAUCUACUCCAGAUAUCCCUAGUGGUUCUUCUUUUCUAACUAAAACUCAGUACAUUUGCUAUUGGGGUACUAAUUCGAAAACAAAGCUGGAUGCAAGUUACUCUGUUGAUUGGAGCAAGAGUUCUUGGCUGAAAGGUCCCAUUGAAAAGGGAGCACAAGAAGGUCAAAUGGCUUAUAUAAAGAGCUUGACCAAUGCUCUGGAAUCUUACAAAUCUCCCGAAAAAGGAAAACGAAAACGGAAAACGCCGACAAAAAAGAAAAAGGGACCAAUCUCAUCGAAUUCGGAUUCAAAAGAAGCUGAGUCUUCAAAUAACCAGUCAUUUAUAGUUAACCUGUUGAGCAAUAUUCCUAGAGGAUUUUCUUUGCUAUCGCAGCCUACCUAUUUGCUUUUUUGUUUAAUGCUUUUGUUGAUUAUUUUACAGUGGUGGUACAUGGGACGGUUAGUGCAUCCUAAAAACCCUACAUCGCCUUUUCGAAAUGCUGCUUUACAAGGAGAUUCAGUGGAGCAUAUACCAAUGGAUGACUUCACUUUUAAGCUGUGGCUUUCGUCAAGGAUGGACAGCAUUGAGCAGGAACGAGAUUUAUCUUACGAUGCUGACGCGAUAGACAUAGAGAAUGGGAAAAUUAAAGUAGCUACUGAAUAUAUGGAACGAAAAUUACGGAAACUCAGAGAUAGACUUGAGAAACUGGAAAGUGAGCGAAAUUAAGGGUUUGUUUAUGAGAAAGAAAAAGGAACCUAUAAUUUUGAAUGUGUGUAUGUGUGUGUUUUUAGGUAAAUUACGUUAACGAAAGCACG